AUGCCAAGGCCGAAGCCAGAGAUUCGGUUCAUUAGGUCUUGUUCGUCGCCUCUGUCGCCAAAGACGUUCCAUGAGCUCGAGAAGGCUUUUGGUGCGCCAGUGCUAGAGGCUUAUGCAAUGACAGAGGCUGCUCACCAAAUGACGAGUAAUCCUCUGCCUCCAAACAAGCGCAAGCCGGGUAGUGUGGGAAUUGGCCAAGGAGUAGAAGUCAAGAUUCUUGAUGAUGCUGGUCAUGAGGUUGCUCAAGGCAAGGAAGGAGAGAUCUGUAUCCGUGGCGAGAACGUCACCAAGGGCUAUCUCAACCAUCCUUCAGCCAACGAAUCUUCAUUCACUAAGGAAGGCUUCUUCCGUACUGGUGACCAAGGCAAGUUGGAUGAGGAUGGCUAUGUAAUCAUCACUGGCAGGAUCAAAGAGUUGAUCAACAAGGGUGGAGAGAAGAUCAGUCCCAUUGAACUCGACAACGUCAUUGCUCAGCAUCCUGCUGUAUCUGAGGCUGUUAGCUUUGCCAUUGAGGACGAGAUGUACGGCCAAGAUGUUGGUCUUGCUGUUGUCAUCAAGGAGGGGCACAAAUUGACAGCGGAUGAGCUGAAGACAUGGCUUGCUGACCGUGUCGCGAGAUUCAAGCUGCCGAAGAAGAUCUACUUUACGGACAUGAUGCCCAAGACUGCGACUGGCAAAAUUCAGCGACGCCUUGUUGCUGAAGCCAUGCUGAAGCAAGCCAAGGCUAAGUUGUAA